CCACCAGCCGCAGCCAUGGAUCCCCGAGCCGCGUGCGCCUCGGCGCUGGGACUCCUCGCGCUGGGCGCGCUGCUGUGGCCCGCGGCGCGCGCCUGGGAGCUCACCAUCCUGCACACCAACGACGUGCACAGCCGCCUGGAGCAGACGAGCGAGGACGCGAGCAAGUGUGUCAACGCCAGCCGCUGCGUGGGCGGCGCGGCGCGGCUCGCCACCAAGGUGCACCAGAUCCGCCGCGCCGAGCCCCACGUGCUGCUGCUCGACGCCGGCGACCAGUACCAGGGCACCAUCUGGUUCACCGUGUACAAGGGCGCCGAGGUGGCGCACUUCAUGAACGCCCUGGGCUAUGACGCCAUGGCACUGGGAAAUCACGAAUUUGAUAAUGGCGUGGAAGGCCUGAUUAAUCCACUACUCAAAGAGGCCAAAUUUCCAAUUCUGAGUGCAAACAUUAAAGCCAAGGGGCCUCUAGCGUCUAAAAUUUCAGGACUUUAUUUACCGUAUAAAAUUCUUUCUGUUGGUGAGGAAGUUGUGGGAAUUGUUGGAUACACUUCAAAGGAAACCCCUUUCCUCUCAAAUCCAGGACCGAAUUUAGUAUUCGAAGAUGAAAUCGCUGCAUUGCAACCUGAAGUAGAUAAGUUAAAAACUCUAAAUGUGAACAAAAUUAUUGCACUGGGACACUCUGGUUUUGAAGUGGAUAAACUCAUUGCUCAGAAAGUGAAGGGUGUGGACGUGGUGGUGGGAGGACAUACCAACACAUUUCUUUACACAGGCAAUCCACCUUCCAAAGAGGUGCCAGCAGGGCAGUACCCAUUCAUAGUCACUUCUGAUGAUGGACGGAAGGUUCCUGUGGUCCAGGCCUAUGCUUUUGGCAAAUACCUAGGCUAUUUGAAGGUUGAAUUUGAUGAAAAAGGAAAUGUUGUCACUUCACAUGGCAAUCCCAUUCUUCUCAACAGCAGCAUCCCAGAAGAUCCAAAUAUAAGAGCAGAUAUUAGCAAAUGGCGGGUAAAAUUAGAUAACUAUUCGACCCAGGAAUUGGGGAAAACAAUUGUCUACCUGGAUGGCACCACUCAGUCCUGCCGCUUUCGAGAAUGCAACCUGGGCAACCUCAUUUGUGACGCUAUGAUUAACAACAACCUGAGACACCCGGAUGAGAUGUCCUGGAACCACGUGUCCAUGUGCAUUUUAAAUGGAGGUGGCAUCCGGUCGCCCAUUGACGAGCGGAACAAUGGCACGAUCACCUGGGAGAAUCUGGCUGCCGUGCUGCCCUUUGGAGGCACCUUUGACCUGGUCCAGCUAAAAGGCUCCACCCUGAAGGCGGCCUUCGAGCACAGCGUGCACCGCUACGGCCAGGCCACGGGCGAGUUUCUGCAGGUGGGAGGAAUUCACGUGGUGUACGAUAUUUCCCGAAACCCUGGGGACAGGGUGGUCAAGUUAGAGGUUCUUUGCACCCAGUGUCGUGUGCCCAGUUAUGAGCCUCUCAGAAUGGAUAAGGUGUACAAGGUGAUCCUCCCGAGCUUCCUUGUCGGAGGUGGAGACGGAUUCCGGAUGAUAAAAGAUGAAGUGAUAAAACAUGACUCUGGUGACCAAGAUAUCAACGUGGUUUCCGGAUACAUCUCAAAAAUGAGAGUAGUUUAUCCAGCAGUUGAAGGUCGGAUCCAGUUUUCUGCAGGAAGUCAUUGCUGUGGAAGUUUUUCUUUAAUGUUUCUUUCAGUUUUGGCAGUGAUCAUUAUUUUAUACCAAUAGCCAAAAAUUCUCCUUGCCAUUAAUGGAACUAUAUUUUUUUUCUCACGUGAGAUUCAAGUCGGUUUUUUAGGAACUGGUUUUAUGAUGGCGCAGACCGUCUUUGCAGUCUCCUAGAAGCUGAGCUUAGAAGGAUGUAAGUAGAGACACUGACAUCGUCACUCAGGAUCAGCAACUUAGUGAACACACAGGAAAAGAAAUGAAAAUGGGACCUCUGACGAGAAGGCCAGCCAUCUUUAGUUUACAUAUGCAAAUUUUAAUAAAACUUUAUUAACACCUUUAAACCAUACACAUCAUUCUUCUCCUUUAUAUCCAUUCUAAUCCACCAAACAAUUUAUGUUUACAUAACUUUAUCAUUUACAAGGGAAUUCUAAGCACAUUUUCUUAUUUGAUGCCCGUAACUUUUGUGCGUGGAAGAAAGGUGUUGUUUUCUUCCCGUAUGAAAGAUGAGGAAACUAAAGCUCAGAGCUGACUUACGGCCAUGCAGCUAACAGUGACAGAUCCCAGACCUGCACCAAGGCCCUCUGGCCGCAGUCCCACACUUUCAGUUAAAUCGUUACUGUUCAGGAUGAUAUUUAAUGGAGCCCCAAAUUCAUGGAGGACAAGUCUCUGCUUUAUUUCUGGCCUCUCUUUUUUGCCUCUCUAGCGUGUGUUACAGGGAGUUUAAUGGACUAAACAGAGGGUGGUCUUCUCUUCCUAACCACCAUGUACCUCUGAGGAGUCGUGACACGGAGGGCAGCAGAUAAUGGGAAAGGCCAGGACCUGCCAAAGGCCAUCUGGGGGUAGGAGAAGGGGAAGGAAAGACUGGGACGCCCAGGAACAACUUCCAUUAGAGAAGAGAAACAGCUAAAGCCCAUUUACUCUUGUUACAUAGAUAUUUGAGAGGGAGCAGCAACAGAGUGCCUAACACAUGGCAUUAACUACUAAUAAUUUUAUGACAUUCUAUCAGUUCUCCAUUUCUUUCCUCCUUCUUCCUAAUGGGAAGGCGUCACAAGAAGAGAACCUUCUUAGAGAAGGUGUAACUCUAAACCUGCACCUGUGUCUCCCUAGCAAGAUGUACUUAUUCUAGGCGCGCACACACACACACACACACUUCACCCCUCCCUCACUUAUGGAAAAUCCAGAGGAGAGACAAGGUUGAUUUUUCAUGUGGUCCACCUAAGUGUAAAGUCAGCUCUGCCUCCACAUUUGAACAGUCACUCUCAGUCAUUCUCAAGCACAGACAUGAGGACUCCUGCCUCUGAGUGGGUGCUCAGGAAACACCCAGACGAAUGCCAUACAUGAUUUAUGUACAAAUACUUGCUUAAAGGGGUAGUGGGGACCAUGUGAGCCUGCUCAUCAUUGUAUACAUGAUUCAACAAGAAAUGGGAGGACUCACCUUAAAAAAGAGUGAGCAGAUAACAGCUGAAGGACUGAAGAGUGAGAAUGUUUGUUUUUAAUGUUUACAAAUAUUAGGUACUCCUGAUACAAAGGUACUUUAAAUUUUAUAACCUAAAGCUUGCUGCAAUAAAGCAAUGCCCUCGGUUCUAUGCAUAUAGAGAUUGACCAUAAAUGAAUGCCAAUAAGAUUGUAAGAGGAAAAUGUCAAUUGGACUGCAUUUGGGCUACAUUUUUUAUGUUCGGCCAGUAAAAUAGGGUAAAUCCUAUUGAAGCACAAAUUUUUAAAGAACAUUUUUGUAAGUUUUCUAAAUCUGUGUGCCUAUAUUGUUCAGUGGUUUAAGAAAUGACCUAAAAUUGUAGGUUCUAAACAAUAAAAUUGAGGAUACACUCUU